AUGAAAUAUAAAGAAAACAUUAAGGACUUUAAUAAAGAAAAGGAAACAUUAAAAACAAAGUCCAAUAAAAAGAAGCAAAUACUAACUUUGCUAAGAAAGAAAAACUUUAGAGAUGCUUUUGAGAUAGCAAACUCAGAAAAACAUAUAACAACAUGGUUAGGAAGAGGAUCUGAGAUAAAAAUUGAUUAUAUUUGGGUUUUGAAAGGCUAG